ACGGUACACCGCCUAUCAUGGAAACAAAAUAUUUUCUAAAGAAAUCGGACGAUUAUUUUGGAAUAACAGUAGGAAAUAUGAAGUAUAGGAAAAAUGGCCAACAGUAAAGUGACACAUUCUCCUCAGAGCCAAAGUUCAAGUGCUACUGGCAGUCAAAUGGGCUCAGGAAGGACAACUACAAAACUGAAGAGGAAGUGGGAGGUGUAUCCGGGGAGGAACAAGUUCUACUGUAACGGUCAUUGUAUUAGUUCACCAGAUUAUGGCGGCUACCUGUGCUGCCUGGUUCUAAUUGUCGUUACAGGUGGAUUAUUUUUUGCCUUUGACUGUCCAUAUCUUGCUGUAAAGGUGAACCCGGUGAUUCCUGUGAUAGGUGGGCUACUCUUUAUCUUCAUCUUGGGUACAUUGCACCAGACAACAUUUAUUGACCCAGGGAUCAUUCCGAGAGCUACGCUACCAGAAGCUCUAGAAGUGGAUAGACUUCACCAACUCGAAAACCAGACACAAGAGAACCAAAAUAACGGGUAUCAGGCCCCCCGUUUCAAAGAAGUGGAGAUCAAGGGCAGAACAUUUAAGUUAUCAUAUUGCACUACAUGUCAGAUGUUCAGACCGCCGAGGGCAUCUCAUUGUAGUCGAUGUAACAAUUGUGUCGACAGGUUUGAUCACCAUUGCCCGAUGGUCGGAAAUUGUAUCGGGAAGAGAAAUUACAGAUAUUUCUAUCUGUUUGUUACGUCUACGUCUAUUAUGUGUUGUUUCGUGCUCGGAUGUAAUAUAGCUGUGAUCGUAUUACGUGCAAUGGAAACAGAAGUGGGUGAGGCGUUUAAAAAAUCAAUCGCAAGCUUGAUAGAGGGUAUUAUAUGUUUAGGGUCUCUCGCAUCCGUCGGAGGGCUCGCUUGUUACCAUUCAAUGCUGGUUUGUCGAGAACAAACAACGAACGAGGAUAUAAAGGGCACGUACAAUGAGAAAAAAUUUAAAAACAGUACAAAUCCAUACAGCCACGGUAACUGCUUUUUGAAUUGCUUCUACGUAUUGUGUUCUCCCCGAACACCAAGUUUGAUUGACAGGCGUGGAUUGGUUGAUCCAACCGAGGACGAAAAUCAGGGUACAAGCACAAAUAACAUUCGACCAACUAUACAAGUUUAACAAAAUAAGUAAUAAAGGAGUUACAUGAUUAAUGUACUAACAGCGUGCCUUUCUUUAGUUUUGUAUAUUUGUAGACAGUGGGGUCUUUGAUAAUGCAUCAAAGAUAAUAUAAUUAGUCAUGGCUUUUGCUGCAUUUGCUCAAAAAAUAUAGUUUAUUAAAUGAAUUUGAUAUAAGGUCGAAGACCACCAAUUCAAAUGGAAUAAAUGGCCCUAAUUCGGAAUGAAGUAAAGUAGGCUGAGAAUAAGGCAAGGCUUUGUCUGUCCUAAAUGGUCAGUGAGGUAAACUCAUUUUAAAAAAUACAGGGGAUUGCUGGACACCGAAAUCGGUUUUUCGAAUCUUUAAACAGAAGUGAUAAAAAUGAAAACAAUACAAAAUGUAAAUGUUUAGAUGAUCCUAUUUCUUAGGCAGUGAUGUUGAGUUAUUUCAAAACCGUAUUCUUAGGCAGUGAUGUCAAGUUAUUUCAAAAUUCUAUUCCAUAGGCAGUGAUGUUGAGUUUUUUUCAAAACCCUAUUCCUUAGGCAGUGAUGUUAAGUUGUUUCAAAAUCCUAUUCCUUAGGCAGUAAUGCUGAGUUAUUUCAAAACCCUAUUCCUUGGGCAGUGAUGUUGAGUUAUUUCAAAAUCCUAUUCCUUAGGCAGUGAUGUUUAGUUAUUUCAAAAUCCUAUUCCUAAGGCAGUGAUGUUAUUUCAAAAUCCUAUUCCCUAGGCAGUGAUGUUGAGUUAUUUCAAAACCCUAUUCCUUAGGCAUUGAUGUUAAGUUAUUUCAAAAUCCUAUUCUAUAGGCAGUAAUGUUGAGUUAUUUCAAAACCCUAUUCCUUAAGCAGUGAUGUUGUUUCAAAAUUCUAUUCCUUAGGCAGUGAUGUUAAGUUAUUUCAAAAUCCUAUUCCCUAUGCAGUGAUGUUAUUUCAAAACCCUAUUCCUUAGGCAGUGAUGUUAAGUUAUUUCAAAAUCUUAUUCUGUAGGCAGUGAUGUUAUUUCAAAAUCCUAUUCCAUAGGCAGUGAUGUUAUUUCAAAAUUCUAUCCCUUAAGCAGUGAUGUUAAGUUUCUUCAAAAUUCUGUUCCUUAGGCAGUGAUGUUAAGUUAUUUCAAAAUCCUAUUCUGUCGGCAGUUAUGUGAAGAUAUCAUACCCCCUCUUUCGAAGAAAAGUGCAUAUGUUGUUUUGCUCAGUGUUUGUAUGACCCUUAGAAGAUUGUUUCAUUUCCACUAAAUAACUAUAAAAGGUGCUGACUCACAAUGGUAAAAAAUCAAUGGAUGAUGAAAGGUUAAGGUCACAGUGAACUCGAGAAUGAAAACGGUUUCUACUGACUAACUAAAGAAUGCUUUAACCUACACUCAUCAGAGGAUGAUUGUUGUGCCUUCAAAAAAUAAUGGAUUGGCUCCAAAGUGGCUCUAAAAUUUUGAAAGUGGCUAAACUGGUGGCUCCAACUUUUAAAAUCCCAGCGGGCGCCCUGGUCAUGAAUGUACCAGUGCUUAAGGGGCCAGUUCAUGUAAGGUCAAGGUCACAGUGACUUGCAGUUCUCAGACUUCAUAGUAUCAUUGCCACUGGACAUUGCAGUUUUGAUACAUAAAUGCUACUCAAAUUUUUUAACUGGUGUUGAUAUUUCAUCAGUGUCAUCCUAAGUAGACACGUUUAAAGAUAUUAAAUAUUUCCAUUAACAAGACUUCUCUUAUGUGCAAAAUUUGAUGUUACAUUUUGACAAAACUAACAUUUGAUGUGCAUUGGUAGAAAUUGCAUUUAAUGCUUUUCUCCCAUCUUGCCAGCAAUGUAUACAGGGAUUUACAACAUUCAGAUCAAAAGUUUUUUGGUUUUUUUUGUUUUGUUUUUUUUUUCAAAAAUAAGACACUCAGCUUUUUUGGGGGAAAAAUGUGAUAAGAUAUACACAUGUACAUGUUUCAGUCUUAGAAAUCUUAUCUUUUUUACAGGCUGAAUAUCAUUCAUAAUGUUUUGAAAACUAGAUUUAAAUCAGAUUGGAAUUCUUAACGCAGAACUACCCAGAUUUUGAGACAUUAAAUUAAUUGUGCUCAUUGAAAAACAACUUACUGUGAAAUCUGAUUUUGUAUUUGCUCAUCUAGCCCAAGUCCCAAUCUAAAUUUCUGUUUUUUUUUCUCCCCGUUUACUAUGAUAGAAUGUCAGCAACUUCCCCCAUAGUUCUGAUUAUGUUUGUUUGGAGAAAAAAAGGGGUAUAAUUAUACAAAGUUUGGAAUGCCUCAGAAUCUUCUGAAGAAAAAUGGUAUACAAUAUUUGAAAAUCCUAAGGAGUUAUCUCCUCUGAACAAAACAUAAGGCCUGAAUACAGACUAAUGCUUACCAUACUUGCCUUUAGAAUAGAUGCAUUGUUCUUUGAUAUACAAAUUUACAAGAAGUUUAAACUUCUGUGAGAAAGCUCCAUUUGCUGCUGUCGUGUAGUUAGUUUUUUUUUUACUUUGUGGUAUGUUAAUCAGAAGCCAAUUUUUUACAUGACAUAAACAUUGUUUAACCCUAGUUCUCAUACUUAUCACUGUUACUGGGUAAGUAUGAUUCAAGCACGAUUUUAUAAACUGUAGUUGAAAUACAUGUAUAUGAUGUCAUAUAUCAUGAUUUAGUAGUCCCACGCCUUCACUGUGACAGCUGCCGCAGCCUGUUUUGUUCCGAAGAUUUAUUACUGUUGAUGUACAUUGUGUGUUUUGGAUUCCUGUUUGCAAAUAUCAGUGAAAAUAAAACCACUGCAGUUUUUUCCCUAGCUUACAGAAAUUUUUCGUAAAUUUUAAAACUGCUGCACAUCAUCUUAUUUUGAAAAUAAACGUCAUAGAAUCAUAAUUAUGUCAAAAUACUGCUGUAAAUUUUGAUUUUAUAUAAAAGUUCUAAAUUUUCUUGCAGAAAAGUUUUAUAUUAUGUAUAUAAUGCAAUGUAGUUAGGUUAUAAAGUGUUUACUAUUUUGAUGUAUAUGUUGCUCUUAACAGACGUAUGUUGUAUUUUGAAUACUAAAUUAUCUCCCACCACAUAGUGGUGUGAGAGACAUUGAUUUACUCCAGUCUGUCUGUGUUUCUAUCACAAAGCUUGUCCGCACUCUUAAGUCUAAUAUUUCUCAUCAGAUCUUCACCAAACUUGAACAAAAUGUGUUUGACCAUAAGACCUCAGCCAAGUUCGAUAACUAGCCAAAUCAGCAAAGACACUUCGGAAUUAUGGCCCUUGACAAUAAUUAAUGAAUCACCUAGACACUUAAAAAUGCUGAAGUAUUCAUUCUCAAACAUGGACCAAAAACCAUUCAUCUUGUCUGCACUCUAAGUUGAACAUUUCUUAUCCGAUCUUCACCAAACUUGAACAAAAUGUGUUUGCCAGUAAGACCUUGGCCAAGUUCGAUAACUAGCCAAAUUGGCUUAGGGUCUUCAGAAUUAUGGCCCUUGACAAUAAUGAAUCACCUAGACUCAUAAAAAUCCUGAAGUAUUCAUUCUCAAACAUGCACUAAAAACUAUUCAUCUUGUUCGCACUCUAAGUCAAACAUUUCUCAUGCGAUCUUCACCAAACUUGAACAAAAUGUGUUUGACCAUAAGUUCUCGACCAAGAUCGAUAACUAGCCAAAUCGACUCAGGUACUUAGGAAUUAUAGCCCUUGAAUUACCAAAAAUCAGUCAUUUACACUUGUCUGCACUCUUAAGUUGAAUAUUUCUCAUCUGAUCUUCACCAAACUUGAACAAAAUGUGUGUGACCAUAAGUCCUCUCUCAGGUUCGAUAACUAGCAAAAUUGGCGUAUGCACUUCAGAAUUAUGGCCCUUGAACUACUGAAAAUCAGCCAUUUUACUCUUCAAAGGUAUAUUUGUUGUGACUAAACAGUACAAAAGGACUGACUUAGUGUUUAGAUGAUUAGGCAGUUGUGGGAGAAAUGCGCUUUUCUCAAAAGCAGCUCUAGUUGUAGCUAUUUGUUAGUCUGCAAUGUUUUGUAAUAUGCCAACAUUAAUCAAAUAUUAAUUCUGUUGCGUGUACGGGUAUUUAGGGCUUGUUGAAUAUUCCAGCCAAGGUAGAUAGAUAUUGGUGUAAGUAACAGUAUAUAACCUAUGUUCUAAACCUGUAUGCACUUUAAUCCCAUCAUCUGUAUAUUAGGAAAUCGCCUGGAGUUUUAAGUUUUUGUUUCAUUUAAGUUUUUUUUCUUCUUAAAAAUGGAUGUUUUCCAUAACUUUCCUUAACAGCUCGCAUCAUAUUAUUGCUAGCACUUUUUCCAGAUAUAUUUAUGUUACAUGUUAUUAAGUUAUUUAACAUUGUUUUGUAUUUUGUAUUUUUCUUGGUAUUAAGAGAGAGAGAAAAUAAGACAGGUAGGACUUGCAGAUCUAGAUAAUCAAAAUGAAAUAAUUAAAACAUAUGUAAGAACAGUGCAUAAAGCAUUUAUUAUGCCCCCCUUUCGAAGAAGGAGGGGUAUAUUGUUUUGUAGAUGUCUGUCGGUCGGUAUGUAGACCAAUCCGUGUCUGGAUGAUAACUCAAGAACGCUUGGGCCUAGGAUCGUGAAAGUUGAUAGGUUGGUUAGUCAUAACCAGCAGAUGACCCCUAUUGAUUUUGAGAUAAUUAGGUCAAAGGUCAAGGUCACAGUGACCCAGAACAAUUAAACGAUUUCCGGAUGAUCACUCAAGAAUGCUUGGGCCUAGGAUCAUGAAUUCUAAGUUGAUAGGGAGGUUGGUCAUUUGGUCAUAACCAGCAGAUGACCUCUAUUGAUUUCGAGAUCAGUAGGUCAAGGUCACAGUGACCCAGAACUGUUAAAUGGUUUCUGGAUGAUAACUCAAGACUGCUUGGGCCUAGGAUCAUGAAAGUUUAUAGGGAGGUUUGACAUGACCAGCAGAUGACCCCUAUUGAUUUUGAUGUCAGUAGGUCAAAUGUCAAUGUCACAGCGGCCUGGAACAGUUAUACAGUUUUCGCAUGAUAACUCAAGAACAUUUUAGGCUUAGGAUCAUGAAAGUUGAAGGGGGGUUGGAUAUAACAAGCAAAUGCCCCCCAAUUGAUUUUGAGAUCAGUAGGUCAAAGGUUUAGGUCACAGUGGCCAGGAACAGUUAAAUAGUUUCAGGAUGAUAACUCAAAAAUGCUAGGGACUAAGAACAUAAAAGUUGACAGGGAAGUUAAUCAUGACCAGCAGAUGACCCCUAUUGAUUUUGAGGUCAGUAUGUCAAAGGUCAAUGUCAAAGUGACCGGAAACAGUCAAAUGGUUUCCAGAUGAUAACUCGUGAACGCUUAGGGCUAGGAUCAUGAAAGUUGGUAGGGAGGAUGGUCAUGACCAGCAGAUGACCCCUAUUGAUUUUGAGGUCAGUAGGAUAAAGGUCAAGGUCACAUUGACCUGGAACAGUUAAACCAUUUCCCAACGCUUGCUAGAGAACCCUUUGGCCUAGGAUCACCAAACUUAAUAGGAAGGUUGAUUAUGACCAACAUAUGACCCCUAUUGAUUUUGAGGUCAGUAGGUCGAAGGUCAAGGUCACAUUUACCCAGAGCAGUUGGACUCUUUUGUACACAGUGACCAAAUAAUUUCUUUUCCUUGUGCAGUACCUAAAUGCAUCAAGGAGGGCAUUUCUACGAGCUCUUGUUGGUAUUGAAUUUCUUGGAUAUUUUUAUCAGUUGACAUAGAUUUUCUUUAAGUUAACAAAAAAAUAAAUCUUUAUCAUGGAAUAUUAUACAAUCACAUGCAUGCAAAUCGCUGAUUUAAAGAAAAAAAAUAUAGAAUAAUAAUAGAUGUGUUAUUCUGAGGCAAAAAAAUGGGCAUUUUCUUAAGUUGUUAUUGUAAGACCUGCUGAUGCAUGUCACUUACAUUCUUUUUUUCCAUAGUUUAUAGUUGUUACAGUAAAAUUGUCUCAUAUAAGGGAUCAGGGCCAUAGUUUAUAGUUAUAACUGUUACAGUUAUAUAUAAAUUGUCUCAUAUAAGAGUUCAGGGAGUAAGGACAUGUCCCUUAGCUGAAGCCAAAAAUACAACUUUGUGAGUUUCAAGGCUUAAAGUUGGUCAGUCAGAAUUAAGUCAUGUGACGUAUCUGGAUGAUGCUUUUAUGAUGGAUUGUUUUUAUAAGAUGGAAUGUAGCCAACAUGUCUAUGCACUACACUUUUUCCUAAACAUUUUAUAACAUGUAAUUUUCUUUUUUAACGCUGAUUAAAUCAGAAUUUUUCAGUCCUUUUUCAAUGUCAUGUUUAGCUGUCAUAUCAUAAUCUGAUGCCAAACAGUCUGAUAUCAUAUUACGUAGUUUGUCUUGUAGAAAUUGAUACGAACAUUUCAUGAAUUUAAUAUAUACAUUUUUGUUAGUUUUAUAGAAAAAAUCACUCAUGUGUGUUAGAGUUUCAUGGCUUCAGUUACAUCAACCAUUUGCUUAGUAAGUUGUCAGUAUGUCGAUUUCAGUUCUUGUCAUUACAGAAUGUUGUCUAUGAAUUAAGAAAUAAUGUAUAGAAAAACCGUGUUUUAAUCAUAUUAAUACACAGAAAAAGGUUAGACUGCAUACCCCCGAAAGAAAGUGUCUUUUUUAUUUUCAGUUAUAUUUUGUAUAUGAUAUUACAAAACGUUUUUCGCAUUUGACAUUUUGUUGUUGUAUACUCUUAAAAGCAUACGUUUUUAUUGAAGAAAUUAUGUAUAGAAAACCAUGUUUUAACGUCAUUAAUACAUGGAAAGAGGUUAUAUGUCCGCGGAAUAAUUUCACAAGGGCGUAGCCCGAGUGAAUUAUUAUGGCGACAUAUAACCGAUUGUGCAUGUAUUGAUUUAGGUAAAACUCAAUGUUGCUAAACAUUAUUUUGAUUCUAAUAUGCCCUUACAUGGAAAGAGGUUAUACUUUUGCAGAAUAAUUUCACGAGGGAGUUGGUCAAGUGAAUUAUUCUGGCGAUGUUUAACCAAUUUUGAGUGUAUUGAUUUAUGUAAAAUACUCUUUUGCUAUACAUUAUUUCAAACAAAUUUAGCUUUGGUACUUAGUUUUCAACGAUUUUGAAAAAAUUCUGCUUGCGAAACAUCUGGAUUGGGCAAUUUGCAAUCCUUUAAAACCUGUGAAUAUAUUGACAUAUACAGUAAUUUCAUCAAUCCUUUAAAGAACAGCUGGCUUAAGUUUCGAUUUCAUUUUCAACGAGGUGUUGGCAAGCUGCUUUCAUUGCACUUAAUAUUUAUUAUAAAAUUAUUGACUAGUUCUUUUUUCUUCAGAUUUUGUUGAAAAUUAACUUGGGACAACAAAAUACCUGUAUUGUUUAUAUUGACUGGCCAGGUUACAGUUACAGAGAAGGAUAUAGAGUAGUACCGUUAAAUAUUUACUGUGAAACUUGAAAUGUCAGCAACGGCAAUAUUUCGCUAUUAUUCUUCUGAUAGAUAAACAUGUGCUUUUAUGUGCAUUAGUGAAUAUUAAGAUUAAGAGGUAUCAGCUGAGCAAAAGUGGUGUAAUUGUUUGAAAGGCAGUUAUUUGUUAAGAAAAUAUAGGAGUUUCUUUUGAUAUAACCACUGUAUAUUUUAUAUAGUGAAUGCAACUAUAUAAUUUUUUGGUGUUAAUAUCCCUAUUAUUACCGGGUACCUGUGUAACUGAUUUCCUAUAAAAAAAAAAAAGCAAAUUUAACAGCCCCAUAUUCAUCAUUGGUACUGUAUUUAACACUGAAUGAUAAUUGAAUUCUUUCUUGUGCGGUUGAGAAAGGUUCAUGUUUCUACCCAUGUGCUGCUCCAAGGGAGAGAACCUAGCAAAACUGGAAAUUUUGCUAUUGCCUAAACUGUGUCAAUGUGAUUUAAAAUCUUGUUCAAACUUUCCCAUGUCACGAGUGUGUUUCAUUGAUCACCAAACGUUUAUAAUCUAUAGUGUUACUAUUAGCUGUAAUGAAUAAUUUAUAUUUUUCUAUUCAUGUAUAUCUGAUUGAAAUAUUUAUUAAAGGAGUUCUUAUUUGA